UCCUGGAAACCUACCCAGAACCUCCAGCCUCUGUCACCAUGGUCAACUCCUGUUGUGGCUCCGUCUGCUCUGACCAGGGCUGUGGCGAGGAGUCCUGCUGCCGCCCCAGCUGCUGCCAGACCACCUGCUGCAGGACCACCUGCUGCCGCCCCAGCUGCUGUGUCUGCUGCACCUCUAGCUGCUGCCGCCCCACCUGCUGCCAGACCACCUGCUGCAGGACCACCUGCUGCCGCCCCAGCUGCUGUGUGUCCAGCUGCUGCCGCCCCUCCUGCUGUGGCUCCAGCUGCUGCAGGCCCAGCUGCUGCAUCUCUAGCUGCUGCCGCCCCUCCUGCUGUGGCUCCAGCUGCUGUGGCUCCAGCUGCUGCAGGCCCUGCUGCUGCCCCUCUAGCUGCUGCCACCCCACCUGCUGCCAGACCACCUGCUGCAGGACCACCUGCUGCCGCCCCAGCUGCUGUGUGUCCAGCUGCUGCCGCCCCUCCUGCUGCGGUUCCAGCUGCUGCAGGCCCAGCUGCUGUGGGUCCAGCUGCUGCCGCCCCACCUGCUGCCAAACCACCUGCUGCAGGACCACCUGCUGCCGCCCCAGCUGCUGUGUGUCCAGCUGCUGCCGCCCCAGCUGUUGCUAGACCACCUGCUGCUCCCCAACCUGCUCUAGUGGCUUCUGCUGCCGAG